GAGAUGUUAUUUGCACGACACGGCCCUGCGAGAUCCUCGGGCUAAUAUGCCGCAGACAUGCGGGCUGCCUGUGGUGUACACGCAUGAAAAGGCUAUGCAUGUGUUGGAAAGUGUACGGCUUGGGAACCCCUGCCGCCGUAUAUGCAGCAUAUGCAUCUGUUUACGAUGAUCCGACUGAGUCCCCCCAGCCAAUCUGCAGUAUGCACUUUGCGAUUUCGUCGCACCAGUCUUCGCUCGCCUACAGCACUGCAUCAGCAAUGGCGCAUCGAAAGUAGGGCCGACAGUAGCUCGGCUGAACCAAACGUAGGACCGGCAGCAAGUCGAAGCGGCCACCAUCGAUGGCUCCAUUAUUAUCCCCUCGCCGCGUACGGCUGUGGACAAUGGCGUGCGACCUCAUCUCCUCGACUGACUCGUCAACCUCCACAACAGCCUGCACCGUACCUCGCUAGGAUGGGUUCGGCUGCCAAGAUGGAAGGCCGACCCGAUGCCCCAUGCGAGCUCCUGGUCGAUCAGCAGGCUAACACAUAUCGCGUAUCAAACAAACACCGUCCGCGCAAAGAUGUCAUGAGCUGUGUUGUUGCACUGUUUGGCCCUUGCAUGGAUCAUGCAUGCCACGGGCCGUCUCGUUGGAACCAGCUGUAGUUCUUGCCUCGGGAGUUUGUCUCUGCUCUGCGCU